GUGUGUGGUCUGACUGUGCCGGUCGCGUUUCCAGUAGCAAAAAAAAAUUGUAUUCGUACGAUCUGCCGAUAAUUGCAGUGCAGGUUCGUAGUGUAUUGUGCAGUGUUAUUGUUCGUCACCGCGUUAGCUAAUAGCGAAAAUCACAGUUGAUUACAAUUUAGAACUUGUAUCGUGUACCCUUUGUUUUGUUCCACAAAUUGUUUGUGUAGGGUUUUUAGUGGCUGUUUCGCUAAAUUGCCAAAGAGAAAAGUUAAUUAAAUAAAAAGCAAGCAAUAUGACAAAGAGCAAGAACCAGAAGAAAAAAGCCGCAGCGGCCAAAAACAUUGUUGGCAAGCAAGUAACAACACUCUCGCCAGAGCAAACAUCAUCGUCCUCACCGCCCAAAAACGGAACGCAACAAGGCGCACCAACGCGCAAUGCAUUGAAACCACCCAUACCAUGGGAGCGUGAAAUAAUUGGCACAUUUCUGCUAGAGAUUAGCGAUACUCAGGUUAUAAAUGCGCGAUCUGGUUGGUUGGUGGAUAAAGGAAAGUUAAAUCGUAUCUUCGAAAACUAUAUUAAUUCCGCUCCAGAUCAUGCCGGGUUACGUGUCAAGCUAAAUGACAAUGGACGAAGAAUAAAUAUCGGCUCAUUAUUGCAUAAAACCAACUUUUUGAUGAACACGCCGCGUGGAGAUUCCAAUUAUCGCAUAAAGGACUUCUCCCUAAUGGAAUUUCGCAAAGAAAAGUGCAAUGAGAUUGAUGAGAAGCACAAGCAAAGAGAUGAAGCGAUCGUCAGUGGAGUAACUUCGGAGUUAUCAGAAACUUCUGAGGACGAUGUGGCCAAUGGCGUUCCGAUCUUGGAAGAAAAUGUUGUAGACGAGAAUGCGGAGGCAGUGCAGUUGAUGUAUCAGAAGACAAAACUCCAAGAACGAAAAGAAGAUUUCGUGCUUGACUCCAUGAGCUGUUAUAUUUGCCAAUGCAAUUUUAAUACUAUUGAGCAAUAUGAGGCACAUAUUGAGUAUCACGGGGACGAGUCGGAGUUUCAGUCACUGGAGAAAAUGGAGAAAUUUUCCACGCCAAUGCUGCAAUUGUCUUAUCAAACCUGUGUAGACAGUCACUUCUUUGGUUUUACAUUGAGCACAAAGCUGGCCAGUCUGAUCGUUGAAAAAAUCAUUAUUGUGCAGUCCCGUCAGUUUUAUUACGUCUACAAUGGCCGUAUGCCGAUGCCAGUGCCGGAAAAUGGAAAACUGCAGUUCUUUGUGGAUUCACACGUUUUCAUGAUUUUGCGCGAACAGCCCAUCGUCAUUGGCUUCUCCCAAACUGUGGAUGGUGUUGCCAAACAGCAUUAUGUGGAGCAGCAUCACUUUAUGCGCACAGACGUUUUACCGAAGCCGGCAUUUGCAGUAAACCCUUAUCGGUUAUCAAACAAGAAGACUUUUAAGGCGAAAAUUAAACUGGACCGUGCUCGACCACCAACCGAGGUGAUCAAGGCCCUUAAAAAUGCGGAUGCACAGAACGGCUUGGCCGCUUAUGAUAAGCAUUUCCGUAGUUAUUAUGAGAGUGGGCGCAAGCUUAGCUAUGAAAACAUGAGUGGCGCGCUGAAAACGCUUUUGCAGGUUGAGGACGUCGAACAAAUACAGCACUAUGUGUCAUUAAAGCAGAGUAACGUAGAGCUGCAUCAAUUUGGUAGAGAUCUCUCGGUAAGGAUUAACACUUAUGGACGAAACGCUAGUCUCGAAGAUGUUCUCUGUCCUUCCGACGAUGUGCUGAUCAUCAAUGAGCGUGUCACCAACGGCAGCGGCGGCGCCGGGGGAUCAAACAUACGCCAAGUUCUCGAAAACAAUAAUGUUGUUUUGGACAUUGCUCUGAUGGACUUUAGGGCCAUUAUAGACUGGGCCCGCAACUUGGAUCAACGCUUUGGACCAGUAGAUAAGACAAAGCAUGAGCCACGCGUCUACUUCGCUCGUGUGGUGGGUGUGUUUGGGCAGCGUGUAAACAUCACGUGCGAGAGGAAGCUACCCGAAAAUGAACGUUUUACACUCAUCUUUCGGCCCCUGCGAUCUAUUAUGCGCUAUCAGUAUAGGGCACUGCAGGCACUCGAAACCAUUAAUCAUACCCAUGCUAAACGUUUACUCUAUCCCGAAUUGCCAAGAACGGAGACUAAACCGUUGGAAGCUAAACUUCAGUUGGCUAACCCAUUGAUUGCCUCAAAUCCGGAGCAGCUACAGGCUGUACAGCAAAUCGCAUUGUCUGAAAAGCUGCCAGGACCCUAUAUUAUCUUCGGCCCACCAGGCACCGGUAAAACAGCCACCGUUUGUGAGGCUAUAUAUCAGCUGUUUGUUCGUCGUCCCGAGACGCACAUUCUAGUACUGGCCGGCUCCAAUACUGCUUGUGAUGAAGUAGCUCUACGCCUGUUGCGCAUCAUUGAGAAGAUGCCAGAUACAGCGCCACACCCGCUCACUCGCAUCUUCUCGGUCACUUGUGAUCGACGCAUCGACAAUAUCGACGACUUACUGUUAGAACACUCCAACAUGUAUGCUUUGCACUUUUACCCGGAUGUGCAGACCAUCCACGAGUAUCGCAUUGUGGUCUGCACGCUGAGUUUGGCCGGCAAGCUGUCUACAGGAGGCUUUGCCAUUUCAGACAACGGUCAGAGUGUGUUCACGCAUGUUUUCGUGGAUGAGGCUGCUGCCUCCACGGAAUCAGAGGUGCUUAUGGGCAUUACAUGCACCAUUUCGUCGAACACAAAUAUCAUACUUUCUGGAGAUCACAAGCAACUGGGCCCGGUGCUGCAAUCGCACCGUGCAAAUGAAUGGGGCCUGUCGCUAUCGCUAAUGGAGCGUCUGCUGCAGCGGGAGUGUUAUCAGGUUGCUCCAGAUGGAACCUAUAAUGUGACUCUACAGACGCGUCUUCGACGCAAUUUUCGUUCGCAUCCGGAGAUUGUGGCGCUCUACAAUUAUCUGUAUUACGAUAAUGAGCUAAUGGCGCAUGCACCAUCCAAGAACGUGUGCUUGGUACAGGAGUGGUUUUAUAACCCCAACUCAGAGUUUCCCAUACUUUUUCAUUCAGUGUUCGGCACGGUGUCUAAAUGCUCGAUGAGUAUGUGCAACAACAAGGAAAUUGAUGCUGUAAUGGACUAUGUCAAGGACCUCAUGUAUUUUGGCAUUAAUGGCGAAAAGAUUUCGCAAACAGACAUUGGCAUCAUCUCACCCUACAAGAGCCAGUAUCAGCGCAUUCAGGAGCAGCUGAACAUGCGCAACUGGCAACAGAUUGAUUGCGGCUCCGUUGAGCUAUUCCAGGGUAAAGAAAAGCAGAUUAUUAUUGUGUCGUUUGUGCGGUCAUUUACGCCCGGAUUGGGAUUUCUAGACAAUACUCGCCGGCUAAAUGUUUUGCUUUCGCGGCCGAUGUCCUUGCUUAUAUUGAUUGGCAAUCCGCGAACUCUAAGCCAAAACAAAGAUUUUCUCUAUAUCAUCGAAAAGUGUCGUAAGAACAGGACCCUAAUUGGAUCUCCCUACUUUAAGGAUGAUAACGACAAUGAGAUUAGCAUCGAGGGGCGAAUUAAAAACCUACAGAUUGGCAAGUGGCCGACACCGAAGCCCGCAUCAAACAACAAGUCCAGCAAAGGGACCGAGGACAGCGCUGUUGUGUUGGGACAAUCGGUGAAGAAAAAAACUUCACGUACGCAAUCGUUUAAACCACUAAAGGGUUAUUCCUAUAAUAAGCAGCAGUUGUUACAAUGCAACCCAAAGAACAACGAAAACACGAAAUCGGAGAUUGAUCAACUAUUUGAUGAAUUACCCAAAGUACCAAGCGAUUUGAAAAGUGAUUGCAAUAAAAGCAAUAAGACCCAAAAAUCCACUUCCAGUGGAAUGCAAAAUGGAAGUAUAAGUUAUACUCCUGUUAGCUCCAUAAACAAUGCAAUUAAUGGACCUGUCUUGAUUCCUGGAGCUACCAAGCCUUCUGUUACAGGAUUUAAGAAAGCCUCUACUAUUGUAAAUGGAAAUCCCUUGGGCUUCAGCAAUGCUAGCACAGCAACUAGUUCUGCAUUAAAUAAUAGCACGUCUGGAACAACAACAUACAGUAGUGUGCAAGGAUCUGGAAUCUAUCGGCCUUCAAAUGAUUCAAUUAUUUAUCGGCCCAUUCCACACACAGUAUUGUCACCCACACGCCCGGAACUGAUCUCCAGCGCCAACACCAGAAGUAUUGUAACCGCAGGUGUAGACUCUUCUAGCCGUUACCGUUACGUGCCGACCGACGUUAAUCGCUUCGAGAGUACCCGUCCGAACGAAAUCCAUCAUCCCCCCCUCGAUAAUGGCUGGAGGAGAAGCUCUAACUCAUACACCUCUGGAUCGAACCCUUCCGGAAGUAACGGAGGUUCUUCCCAGGGCAAAAAUAAGAAUCGUUGUGUUAUGAUGUAAGCUGCAAGAGGAGUUUAAUUUGCAUAUGUGAACUAAGAGGGUUUUUAAUGGUCUAAACAUAUUAGCCCAUACUAAAUCCUCUUUUUGACUUUGCUGUUCAGAGCGCUGCAAUUUGAAGAGCAUUGCAGUUUUUUCUAAAUAGCAAAAUUAUUUUCUUAACUUCAAUUGGGUAAAGAAAAAUUAAAGUACUGCACACAUAGAUUAGUGUGCCUAGUCCUCAGUAGGUAUGAGAGGAUGCGUAAAUAAGAUUUAAACGUCAUUUCAUGAUUUUGUAAAAAUGAAAUGUUCGUUUAAUUAAAAAAUUCUGGUUGUUUCAUAAUAGCGUUUGGAUUCAAAUCAUUUUUGUAUCAUACUGAAUAGAGUAGUAGGGAUAUUUCCCAAAUUUGACUCGAUGUGUGCAUUUUUGGAAAUGAAUUGGGAAGAUAAAAUAAACUUAUCCCCACAUGAUACAUUUGUGUCUUUGUAAAGAUGUACAUACACGUAUGCCAUAUAAAUGACGAGAAAUUAAAAAACAUAUCACUAAAGUGCUUCAUUUUCUUACAUCGUAGUAAUAAUUUUGAUAUGAGCGUGGUUUUUGUUAACGGAAAACUUUAUUCCUAACCAUAAAAAACAA